CGCCCUGCUGAGUCGUUCAGCGACGGGUUCUCCUCGCGUGAGCGCCGCGAGCGAGCGCGAUUCGCCAGAGAACACACGACUUAACAAUUCCGGAAAUUUGAGAUCCGCGAAUUCGAGACCGAGAUUGAGAUGUCGAGCGAAUCCGCGAGUAUUUGCGAUGCGAUCUCCCAAAUUCUCCUCCGUAGAUCGAUGGAGCAUUUAUCGGAUCUGUUUUCAUAAAUGCAACCUUGAGAGACAAGACGUUGGAAUAAUUACUCUUACGGGGGCAAUAUAAGAGGGGGGAGAUCAAUAGGUUUAUUUUAGCAAAAUAUAAAGUUUUACUAGACGAGAUCGUUGUAAACUUGACUAUGGUUUAAUCAGGGACUAAUUAUUAAAAUCAGACCAAUUUUACCGGGAGUAAGGUUUUCGAUGCAAGCAGUUGAUUGAUUUAUAUGAAUUAUAUAUUUUUGUUGAUUAAAGCAAAUGUACAUUUUCGGUGACAUUAUCGAUCCAACAAUACAUGUUUAGUUGAUUUAAUAAAUCAGAAGGAUUCUCAAUCUUUAUCGGAUUUGACGAAACAUUGUACAAUUGAAACGCUUUUGUGAAUCACAAAAUAUUUUAUAUAAAAGACAAUGUGACGCAUCAAUAUGAACAAGUAACCAAGCGGAGAUUCGGUUGUGAUAAUUGAUCAUACCCUGCGCGACGCUCGAUCGACAAAAUCAAAGAUUUGGAGGCGGAUCCACAGCGUGAAAAAAGUGCACGCCCUCGGGUGAUUUCGAGGUUCACUAAUUGCGACAACAUAAACGACUGAAUUUGAUCGAGGAGCAGUAUCUGAGAGAAAAGAUUUGCGUUCAUUAAACAAACCAGGACGAUCCUGACCAUCUUGACGAGCCUGACGAUCUCGUGGAUUUGUAUGUCGACGUGUGCAAAGCAUUCCCGAACGGCGUCGUAAAAAUUUGUCGUGAAAUCGACUCGUCCGACUGCAUUCUGAUGGAAUUAUCAGGGUAUCGCGUAAUAACAACUGAAGCGGAGCUGCAAAAAGCGCUCGGUUAAAGAACCGACCGCGGGAAGGAAACCUCAAAUCGGAGUUUAUAGGAUUGCAGAGAGCGACGGGGCAAGGAAGAAAAGUACCGCGUGCGCGCAUGUUGGUCAAUGAAAGCGUCUUAUUAAAGAUGGAUCAAUGUAUAGGAUAUAUUUAAAAAAGUAGAGACUCGUUUCCACAGCUGGAUUUUCCGAGCUUUUUCUGAAGUGAAAAAACAAACAAUUUUUAAGACACCUAUAUAUAGCUGAUGCUUCAUAUAAAUUUACGAAUGUACGAAAAAAAUGUAAAGCCAUCCCAGUGUUAAAUAGUUUUUCAUUGAAAUAUACUUCAAAAAUUCAUCUUCAUCAGCUUUAUUAAAAUAUUAUGAAAUAGAAUUUUUGUUAAUGUAAAGAGAGAAGAGAAUCGCCAAAUCUGGGAAAUUCGAAUUUCCACAAUUCUGAUUUCAGGAAGACUCAUCUGAUUUUGAUCUAUCUAUCAAGUAUAGAUAGAUAGAAAUCGGCGACUAGAAAGGAGAUGAAUUAAUGGGCAUAAGAUUAUGGGAAUUUAUUAUUCCGAUUGGUCCAACCCUCGAGCUAAUUUUAACGGUGAAUUAAAAGCAAGAAUAAAAAGCAAACAAAAAAAAAAUGCGGCCAGUCAUAAAUCCUACAAUGACGAUGUGACAGCGGAUGCCAACACCGUUAUCGUUGAUAAAUGCCAAUAAUUAUAUAGCCAUAAGUCAGCGUCACACAACAGAAUCAACAAAUAUCACUUGUAAGUGUGAAUCGAUCGAUCGCGUGUUAACAAGAAUUUGCAUGCGAAUCGUUUUGAGGAAAUAUUUUCAAAAGCGAGCGAGACGAGUUCCGGUGCAACGGUAUUCAUUAAGAUUAAAGGAAGGACAUUCGAAGAUUUCAAGACCUCCGCGACGUUCCCCAGAAGAUGGUUUUACGUGAAAGCUGACGGUCGCGGCGGAAUGGACAACGACACGUCGACUGAAGAGCAGUCGUUAAGAACUUUCCAAGUUUUGCGAAGAUAUCUUUCCCACGUACCGCAAAGUCGCGCAUGCAAAUGAAGUAGCCAAGGACUUUCGACGGGGAGUGCGUAUUUCCGCGAGUGUCUCGAGCGAUCAUUGAUCAUAAACAAGUGGAGUAUGAUGGGAGAAGUGAUCCGCGUUUCUGGGAGGGCACCGGACGUCGGUGACAUUCUGAAGGAGGCCAUGUUGUCGCAGAGGUUCGCCGAUGUGGCCCUGUGUUGUCCAGGAGGUCAGAGGUUCUUCGCUCAUCGUCUGGUUCUGUCAGCGGCCAGCUCCUAUCUUCAAGAAGUGUUGCUGGCGCACAGCAAAGUCACCGCUCACUGCGAGCCGAUCACAGUGAUCCUCGCCGAGGUGGAGGCGCCGGAACUCGCGGCUCUUCUCGGGUUCGUCUACACCGGAAGCGCUACAGUACCGCGGAUGCGACUGGACGCGUUUCUGCGCGCUGCCGAAGCCCUGCGCAUCCGGCUUCCACCGGUGCCGGUGAUGACGACCUGCGGCGAGCAGGCAACGGACUGCAAGCUGGAGGACGUUAAGGACGUUAAAGUUAGCCCCAAGUACCUGCAAUGCGAUCAGUAUCCUUGGUACCGAUCGAGAAGACUGUCCUACGAAGACCCGUUCGACAGAAAGGAGUCCUACAUCAGAAUAUUCCAUACGGACGACGUCAAUAGAAAUGUGUUCAGAAACAUCGGAGCGCUUCACGAAGUCAACAAUCCUGGCCCGUCGUUUGGUUCCGGUUGUCCGAGCGCGUGGUCAGUCGGCAGUUUCUUGCAUCAGGAUAGAGCAACGGGUGAUCCUCCCUCCGACAAGAAUCACGGCUCGAUGAUACUUGCUGACAAGAAUCCGGCACGAGGUCCUAGUAACGAAUCGUCCUUCAGUCUAUAUCAGCGAGGCACGUGUCUCCCCGGAGGACCGUCUUCGGAAGGAUACGCUGGUCCGGAUACCUUGGAGAAGAUUAGGAUGGGAUACGAGAGGUUGCACAUGAGUAGCUCAACGGAGAAGGUGAUGAUGAACGAGGACGUUCUCGUGGGAGGAUCGGGGGGAGAGUCUUGUGAAACGACGCGGGACGAGUGUCCUUACCGGAGCACGGUGCCGUUGUCGUCCUUGCAGUGCGCCACCGCCACCGCCACCGUCGGCCAGACGAGGUCGUACGAGAUGCACGAUUACGGCUCGCAGACCUCGACGGGCGAGGAUCUCAGCUGCGGCGAAAGUUGUUGUAGGUGGAGAACCGCUCGCAGGCACGUGGCGAAUCGUGUCACCGCGUCGCCGUGGCGCCAGAUUGUUAGGCCCCAUCAUUCACCGAGGACCCCGCGGCCCAUCCCCGUGCCACACCGUCACAUCGAUGACGAAAUCCAUAAGAAGUCUCUGGUUGCCGAACCAAUUCGAUCCACGGUAAUAUCAAUGAGCCCGAAGAAUAUCGUUCAUUAUCCGAAAAGUGCCCCGCAAAGUGACGGGCUUUGCCCUACGACUUUCCAAGUUCCUACCAGUUGCGAGACGAGUUUUAACAAUGACUCGAGAUUAUCGCACGAGAUACGUAGUGAUCCGGAAACGAAAGUCCAAGAGAUCUAUCGAUCGCCGAUUCCAUUCGCACCCUCCGAUCAGAUCGCGACGCCUGCGAACGAGGCGAGAAGCAAUGAGCAACCCCUCUUUCAGAAUGUCGGCAACGCGUCCACGCAGCCGUUAUCCUCGAGCAACGACAGCGUUAUCGCGAGUGCCGGCAAAAGUGGGGGAUAUCCGACACAGGUGGUUCCGCAGACGCCAACGAAACCCGAACUGUCGCAUCCGAUCAGCAGACUCUGCGACACGAUCGAGGCUGACGAGAGGAAGGAGACGCCGAAGACGGAAGUGGCGAGCGCGGAAAAGAGUGGAGAAGAGAGGAUCGCGAGGAUUUUUGUCAACAGUGACAAUAACAAUAACGACGAGACGAUCGUGAGCACGGAGGCGGCGCAGCGCGGACGAUCGACGGACGACCACAAGUGCGCGCAGUGCGGAAAGACUUUCGUCACGAGAGCGUCGCUCAAGGUGCACAGCCGAACGCACUCCGGUGAAAAGCCGUUCCGCUGCGCCGACUGCGGCAAACAGUUUUCGCAGCUGCGCAAUUACAAGUACCAUCGCAGCGUGCAUGAGGGCACGCGGGAGUUCGCCGCCACUUGUCCGGAAUGCGGCAAGUACUUCAACGAUCGCGGCUACCUGAGCUCGCACAUGAAGAUCCAUCGGAACCGCAAGGAGUACGGCUGUGCGGAAUGUGGGAAGAGCUUCAAUCAGCGAGUGGCCUACAACAUGCACGUGCGCAUACACACGGGCGUGAAGCCGCACCAGUGCGAUCAGUGCGGAAAGGCGUUCUCGCGGAAGAUGCUGCUUAAGCAGCACCUGAGGACUCAUUCCGGCGAGCGGCCGUAUCAGUGCCAGGUCUGUCAGAAAGCGUUCGCCGACCGCUCCAACAUGACCCUACACACUAGACUACAUUCCGGCCUGAAACCCUACCAAUGCACCUUGUGCUCCAAGGCUUUCACCAAGAAGCACCACCUCAAGACUCACCUCAACUACCACACCGGCACCAAGCCAUAUUCCUGCACUAAUUGCGGCGGCAGGUUCUCGCAAAGCAGCAACAUGAGGACCCACUUUAAAAAGUGCAUCGUCAACAAUACUGCCGGAAUGACGGCAAAGUCCGGUGAUGAAGCCGGUCCUGAUCGCGCCGAUGCCGAAAGCGGCAUGGCGCCGCAGGUGGUCCUGACGCCGCCCAACUCUGAUCAGGAGUCCAGUAUUCUGACACCGAUCUCAAAAAACGCUGUCGCCAUAGAGAGCAACACAUAGCGCGGUUUCUCCUGCUCGAAAGACAGAAUCUCGAGUGUGGGCGAAGUUAGCGAAGAAUAACGUAAAAAUACUAUCGUGGCCAAUCAAUCACCAUUUUUAUGAUGACGAUAGUAAAUGUUUGACAGUAGAUAGGGUAUAUGAUAAAUGCAUUUGUCGGUAGUAAAUUGACCGGAAGAAGACCGCAAACCGUUUGCAAGUUUCUAGGACGAAUGGAAUUAUUUACGUAUAUAUUAACGUAACGUUACAAAAUCAUCAGUAAAUUUUGUUUCAAAUUAGUAUUAAAAAAUACGCAAUAUUUUUUCGAGCCAUGUUAGUUAUAAUUGAAGCAAGAUUGCGUAUCGAUUGCGUCUCGAUGUGAUACGAUAGUCAUUGCAUUAUGCCUUUCAGUUCCUGUAUUUAUUACUAAUCAUCUCGUUAUACACGCACAGAACUCCGUGUUCUAAUCUAAUCUAAUAUUUAACAAUUUAGAAUUUAACAAUCAAGGAAAUGAUGCCAAAUUUUCCAUAGAAGAUGAUUCCCGACUUGGCAAAACUAUUUUAUUUCAUCCGUCGUCAUCUUACAAUAAUUCCCGCAUCUCAAAGAUAUUGAUUAUUUUUCGAUUUUACGAUUUGAAAAAUAUCCAGUUUAAGUAGAUGAUUAUAAAAUCCUUAAUUUGUAAAAGAUUUUAUAAACCUUAAAAUUCGCAGAUUCUUGAUUCUCGUUCAAUCCACAAUACUGUAUUUCUUCUAUUCGAUUUUCAGGUGCCAAAUUAGGUAGUUAUUGCAAAAUAGAAGAGAAGUAAACGAAGCAAAAGAAGAAAAAUAUGGCAUUAUUUAUUAAUACAUCUAUUGACGCGUGAAAUAUAUAGAAUAUAUCGUAUUUCAAUUUUAAAAACUAAAACUCAAAAUCUCUGUUUCAUCUUAUAUACUCUUAUACCAAAAAGGAUUCGAGGAAUACAUCGUUUCUUUAUUGCGUAUCUUACGGUUAAUAGCUCCUUCGCCGAAACUGCAACAUGUGAUUGCAACACGGCAAGUCCAAUUGUCGGUUACAACACGGCACGUGCAAAUACAAUCGAAAAGUCUGCAGCCGUUUGCAGGAAGUAUCUCCUCGUAUUUGAAAGUAACUCGCUGGACUCGGGAGAGUACGCGAGCUUCCAUAUCAGCGCAAAUAGUUUUGUAACAACCUUUUCUAGGAAAUAUCCCUAUGGCAGCGUUUAAGAAUUUAUUUCUGAAGCAACUUUGUGUCAAUGGCUAAGGCGUUUUCUCAAAAGGCAAAAACUAUAAUGGUGUGUUCUUGCAUUAAACAUCGUGCGAGCGAUUUGAGAUUUUAUUGGAAACAGACACUUUAAUUUAAAAAUUUUUUUAAUUUAAAAAAAAAAUUGUGUCAAAUAAAUCGAGAAUCCGAGAUUUGGUAAGUAAUUUAAGAUCUGAUUGAAAAAUGUCAAAAGACUAAAAAAGAUUAUCUAUCGAAUAUAUUAUGCAAGACAAGGAUUAAGAUAUCGUUAAGAAAACAAGUAAAAUAAAAUUAUUUGCUGGAAGUAAUGCACUUCUCCAUGUACUUUAAGAUACUUUUUACAUGUAUAAAAUCGAAGCGUUUAUAAUGUCGAUAUGUAUAUAUUUGAUAUAGUAAUAUAUUUAUAAUAACUUACAAAAUUAUUGCAUGUCAAUAGGAAAAUACGUUUAAUAUAUAUCCGUAUGUUGACUGUGUAUGCGAAGCAUAUUAAAUACACGAAAUACAAAUAAGCAUACAUUGUACAGUUAUAUUUGGUUGGACAGAUCGAGUCAUCUGUUCAAUGAAUAAUAAAAAACUUAAGAAAAUGUAA